UUUGAUAUCGUCCACCGGAUAUCGUAUCCGAACUGGGAUUCUUUUUCUUUCGUUCAUCGCCGAAUUUGGAUUUCAACGAGCUGGGGGCAUGAGCGACGCCGAUGACCUCCUGCGCAUGUUCCAGAGCAUCACGACGAACGACCACGACGACCUUGUCCAGCAAUUCUCCAAGAUCUUGCAAUGCGAUGCUGCCACAAGCACGUUUUUCCUCGAAAGCUCCAACUGGAACGUAGAAACUGCAGCGAACAUGUACCUAACGACUAUUGGCGGCGCAGCCGUCGGAGCCAUGGACGUCUACCAGCCUUCGACCCUUCAGCCAGAAGCCAGGUUUCUGACUGAUCUGAGUGCCGCUCAAAGCGCACUUCUCUUGCCCCUUCAACCUGUGCAACUGCGCCUAUCGUUCCAGAACAUUGGGAUGGCCCCAUGGCCCGAAGGGACGUCGCUAGUACUCUCCCAAGGAUUCGAUUUCAACACUCCCCCCGAGAUCCAAGUACAAUCCGUUGAAGUGGGAGGUACCGUCGACAUCAACCUGAGCCUGACCAUGCCAGCGGAGAGCGGAACACACUAUGGCACUUGGCGAUUGAUGUGGGAAUGUGGGUAUUUUGGGGACCCAGUCUGGGUGGUGCUGACAGUGGUGGACGACAAAGGCAAAGACCUCGUCGACGACAGCGCUACUACUUGCGCGAUGGAGGUCGUCGAAGGGGAACUGUACGAUCAGGACGACAUGGAGCUGUAAGCGCCGCCUAAGUUAUACUGUUCAUGGAUGGCAAUUCACCUGGCAUGAUUCACGCGUUUGUGUCGGCUUGGCCGCACGUUGCCGCACGUGUAAUGGUGAGCAUCGGAAUACUUGAACGACGCGAGUGCCAUUUCUUGUGCACAUGCACU